AUGUCUUACGCCGUGGAAACAAAAAAGCGCAAAUUCCAUCGAGUCCUAGAAUCACUCACCAAGCCUACAACCGCAGAUUCUGCGCCGAAACCGACCACCGGAACCCCCGCGACUCCGCGAGAGCCUAUCCCCGUGAGCCAGUCAAUCAAAAAGGUCAGACUGAGUGGAGAUGAAUCAAACCUCACAUCGGUGCGCAACUCGAUUCUGAAAGUUGCCAAACCUGGUACCCGAGUCGCUUCGUCGUCGUCGACAGCUCGUCCUAGUUUUGUCCCGUGGGAUCGCGAACGAUUUCUGGAGCGUUUGGAGACCUUUCGUCGAGUGGAUCGAUGGUCACCCAAGCCUUCUGCUAUUAGUGAAGUCGAAUGGGCGAAGCGUGGCUGGAUUUGCACGGAUGUGACAAGAGUGACAUGUGUGGGAGGCUGUGGCGGAUCGGUCGUCGUCAAAUUGCCGGACGAACUGGAUGAAUUGGAUGGGUAUGAUAUUGAGAAAGUGCAGGAAAGAAAGGAAGUCCGUGCCAAACUCGUGGAAGAGUAUGCUCGACUCUUAAUCGAAGGGCAUGGUGAAAGCUGUCCGUGGAAGAACAAAGGUUGCGAUGCUACGAUUCAUCGUUUAGCCUUGUCCAACCCCGACAUGGCCAUUAGUGGUCUACAAAAGCGCUACUCGAACCUUGAGAAGAUGGGGGAUAAACUACCUCGAAAAGAAGCUAUUCAGGCACCCGAGUCAAUUGACAUCGAAGAAAUUAUCAAGAUACUUCCAGCAGCGGGCUUCCAACAGUCCGAGGAGAAUACUGAGACGACUGAAUCCGACACUCACCAGCAACCCACUGAAAGCGAGGGACCUGAAAAGCCUACAGAGACAACCGAGGCUGAUACUGCCCAAACAAAUGGUGAAAAGCAAGAAAGUACGACCCAAACCUCCCCAGCUGCAGUCGAGAUCAACAGAGCAGCUUUUGCAUUGGCGCUCUUUGGUUGGGACGCAAUAAUGGAUGGAACGGCGGGUCUGGCUGGUUGUGGCGCAUGCUUUAGACGACUAGGUCUCUGGAUGUACAAAUCCAAGGAAGAUGGAGGUAGCGCAGUCUACGAUGCGCUUGAAGUGGCCACCGAACAUAUGGAAUACUGCCCAUGGAUCAACGGACAAGCCCAGAGCGGCACUGGCAAAUCAACAGAGAAGCGCGAAGACUUGCGUAGUGGCUCGGAUGUUCUAUCCCAGGCACUUAAAGUAAAGCAUCGCCGACGCAUCAGGUCGACAGCAUCUAUGGACACUCUCCGGGCCGACUCGGAAGCCCCCUCUGUCGAUGGACCGAUAGUCGACGAGGAUAAUGACGAAGCCAAAAAAGCCACGAACCGGGAGUGGUGGUCCAAACUUCGGCGGAUGAGACAGGUACUGAACGUGAAGAGCCCGAACAAAAGAAAGUCGGUUGCCUCGUAA